AUGCAGCCAAGCCCAGAUCCCCGGGGGAUAAAAGGGGCACCCUGGUUCCCUCUCCUCGGAGAGCUGCAGAGUCUCUCUGGCUGUGUGGGGCCCUUCUGUGCCGCCGCGAUGAACCGGGCGCUCAGCAUGAGGGCAGGAGGGGGAGGCCGAUCCUACAGCGCUGCCUCGGCCAUAAUUCCAAGCAGCAACAGGGCUGGCUUUAGCUCUGUGUCUGUGGCGCGGGGAGGAGGAGGAGGAGGAGGAGGAGGCUUUGGGAAGCUCGUUGGAGGAGGUGGUGGCGGCAGUUUUGGUGGUGGUGGAGGUUUUGGCAGCAGGAGCCUCUACAACCUUGGUGGUAGCAAGAGGAUUUCCAUCGGGGUUGGAAGCAGCUUCCGAGCUGCUUUUGGAAGUGGAGCUGCUGGUGGCUCUGGCCUGGGAGGUGGGGGUGGGUUUGGCCUGGGGCUUGGUGGUGGAGGAGGUGGGUUUGGUGGUGGUGGUGGGGCUGGUAGUGGCCUUGGGUUGGGGCUUGGUGGUGGAGGUGGUGGACUUGGCUUUGGUGGAGGUGCUGGUGGGCUUGGCUAUGGUGGUGGUCAUGGAGGUGGUGGAGGGUUUGGCUUUGGUGGGCUGGGGGGGCUGGGAGGAUUCCCUGCAGGGCUGGGAGGUGGCAGGAACCCCCCGGGGUUUUCUGGGGGCCCACCUGGAGUGGGUACAAUCCAAGAAGUGACUGUAAACCAGAGCCUCCUGGCACCGCUGAACCUGGAGAUAGAUCCAAACAUCCAACAGGUGCGGAAAGAUGAGAAGGAGCAGAUCAAGACCCUCAACAACAAAUUUGCUUCUUUCAUUGACAAGGUUCGCUUCCUGGAGCAGCAGAACAAGGUGCUGGAGACCAAAUGGACCCUUCUGCAGGAGCAGGGCCAAAAAAACAAUUCUGGCAAGAGCAACUUGGACCCGCUGUUCGAGGCCUACAUCAACAACCUGCGGCGGCAGCUGGCCAACCUGCUCAAUGAGCGGGGACGCAUGGACGGGGAGCUGAAGAACAUGCAGGACCUCGUGGAGGACUUCAAAAACAAAUAUGAAGAGGAAAUCAACCGGCGCACGGCAGCAGAGAACGAAUUUGUGGUGCUCAAGAAGGACGUGGAUGCUGCUUACAUGAACAAGGUGGAGCUGGAGGCCAAGGUGGACGCCCUGAGUGAUGAACUCAACUUCCUUCGAGCCCUCUACGAGGCGGAGCUGGCCCAGCUCAGCGCCCAAGUGUCCGACACUGCUGUCAUCCUGUCCAUGGACAACAACCGGGACCUGGACCUGAGCAGCAUCAUUGCCGAAGUCAAAGCUCAGUACGAGGACAUCGCCAACCGCAGCCGCGCCGAGGCCGAGGCUUGGUACCAAACCAAGUUUGAGGAGCUGCAGGCCACGGCUGGGAAACACGGUGAUGACCUGCGCAACACGAAGGGUGAAAUCUCAGAGCUCAACCGGCUCAUCCAGAGGAUCCGCUCCGAGAUAGAGAACACGAGGAACCAGUGUGCCACCCUGCAGACGGCCAUUGGAGACUCAGAGGAGCGCGGGGAGAUGGCCCUCAAGGACGCCAAGGCAAAGAUGAUUGACCUGGAAGACGCCCUGCAGAAAGCCAAGGCUGACAUGGCCAGGCAGCUCCGGGAAUACCAGGAGCUCAUGAACGUCAAGCUGGCCCUGGACAUUGAGAUAGCGACCUACAGGAAGCUGCUGGAGGGCGAGGAGAGCAGGCUCAGUGGGGAGGGACUGAACCCCAUCAGCUACUCGGUCAUCAGCUCCACCUCCGGCAUUUCUGGUGGAGCUGGCUUAGGAGGAGGAUUUGGUGGACUGAGCCUGAGUGGAGGAGGCGGUGGAAGUGGUUUUGGCCUUGGAGGAGGUGGUGGAAGCAGCUUUGGUCUCGGAGGAGGUGUUGGAAAUGGUUUUGGCCUUGGAGGAGGCGGCGGGAGCAGUUUCGGUCUUGGAGCUGGCGGUGGAGGAGGAGGAGGAGGAGGAGGAAGCUACAGUUUUGGAAGUGGAGGAGGACUCGGACUUGGGGCUGGAGGUGGUCUUGGAGGUGGAUUUGGAGGAGGGAGUGGUCUGGGCACCGCUGGCAGCUACAGCCAUGCCGGGGGUGGCAGCAGCGCCCUGAGCACCAGCGGAGGGAAUUUCAGCUCUGGAAGUGCAAAAGGCACCAACCCAGGUGUGAAAAUCGUCUCCAAAACCUCCUCCAGCAAAAAGAGCAUAAAAAGCCAGAGCCUGAAGAAUGCCACAGAGCCUGAGUAA